AUGGAUUAUGAGGUAGAUGUGGCCACACUUGAUGGAUAUGCACAACAUCUACUCACAACUCCUGUUGAUGAAAAAGAAGAGAAAUUUGGAACUGCACAGGAGAAGGGACUAAAAAAAAAGAAGAGGAAAGAGGAGAGAGAGGCAAAGAAAGAAGCUCAGGCCACACCUAAUGUAGUCCCAGUCACAACUGAACCACCUAAACAACCGAAAGCACCAUCUAGCAAGCCUGCUAGUCCCAAGCUUGAGGAAACGAAGAAAACAAAACAAAAACUAGCAAGGGAAUAUGUUGUAGUUUCUUCAAAGGAGACAGAAUUAGAUGAAGAAAUCAGACAAGCUCCUAAGAAGAAAGGUGUUUUUGCAAGAGUUGUAAGAGGACAACCCUUUGAAGAUAAAAAGGUAGAUCAAAAGAAGGAACCGAAGAGGGAGAAGCCCAAGAAGAGUCCCAAGAUUACCAUUGUACAUAAGAGGAAGCCCAAAGGAGAUGGGCAAUCUAAACUGGAAGCUAAGAAGAGAACCAGUGAGCAAAAGAGGUUAGAUGCUCAGGAAAUUAUAGAUCAAAUUAUUAAUGAUGGAAAUUUGAAAAGCAUUUCUAUAUUGUAUGAUGAAUUUGAUGAGAAGGAUAAGAAAUAG